AUGGGUGGAGCCAUAGAUGUGUCAGCAGUGUCUGCAUCUUCACGGUCUAGUGAAUGUGGAGUAGAAGACAGUCGCUUGCCCUUCCAGGAGCUGAGGGUUCGCCAGUGGGCAACAGACAGGCAACAGGCUGUUGGAAUAUGGACCAACAAGGCAUGGAUGGCCAUGAAGGGGUCCACGUUGUUGGAUUUGAAGUCCCACCUUCACCCGAUUUCUAGCUACAGCAACCCUAUUCCUGGAAAUGAAGGUGAAGGGCGGGAGCCCCCACUGGUGCCACCUCAUCUGCAGCUUACGCUGGCUGCUGAGCUUCCCACCAAGCCAAGACGAAUCAAGCCCGCUGCCUCAACCUCAGACUGUGGUUCUGAACCACCUUUACAUCGAGAAAGGGAACACAAGAUCCGUGGUUGCUCUGGGGAUCACGCACCGGUUCAAGGCCAAGUUUGUGACAGUAGUGCUUUGCAAGCCAGUGCCGAGGCGAGAGAGCUGGGAGCCUGGGACAGUGGAUAUAUGGAUAUGGAUCCUCCACCACCACCACCAGGCACCAGCAAUCCAGCAUCUAUUCUACUGCUGCUCGUGCUCGGAGCUCAAGGAAGGAAGGAAGGAAGGAAGGAGUCUGGUACUGGACUUUGGAGUCACAGUGGAGUGAGUCGUGAAUUCCACCGCAUGGGCAUGGCAAAGCCUUGGAUCGGAUCCAUGGACGACAUGAUGCACCGCCAACUCCAAGCACCAGCCUGCCAAAGCCACAGCAGCAGCAGCUUCCUCGGCGUCUCCUGCCUCUUCUUCUUCUUAGCAGCCAUCUACUGCAUCGUGAUCACCACCACCUCUAAUAAUAAUAACAAUAGGCUCAUCAGACGACUCCUCGGAUUCAAAGGGUUCAAAGGGAGGAGGAGGAAGAAUGAUCAUGAUCGUCGGGACUACAACGAGAAUAAUGCAGAUGCACCACCGGGACGGGGGUGGUGGUGGUCCGUCGUGGAGACGCUGGCCUUCGUGUCCGCCAACAGCAGCGGCAGGGGCUUCUACCACUUCGUGGAGGCGCGCCACCGCAGGUACGGUCCCCCCUGCUUCCGCACCGCGCUCUUCGGCGCCACCCACGUCUUCGUCUCCUCGCCCGACGCCGCCAGGUCGCUCCUGGCCGCCGACCACGCCGCCGGCUUCUCCAAGCGCUACGUGCGCACCGUCGCGGACCUCCUCGGCGAGCACAGCCUGCUGUGCGCCUCCCACGCCGCGCACCGCGCCCUGCGCCGCGCCGUCGCGCCCCUCUUCAACGCGCAGGCCACGGCGUCCCUGGCCGCCAACUUCGACGCCCUCACGCGGAGGCUCAUCAAGCGCGACUGGAUCACCUGCAGCACCGUGGUCGUGCUCGACGCUGCGCUCGACAUAACUUUCGAGGCCAUCUGCGACAUGCUCAUCGGGAGGACGACGCUGCAGCCCGACGUCAAGAGGCAGCUUCAGAGCGACGUGCUGGCCGUGACGCGGGCCAUGCUGGCGUUCCCGCUCAGGCUGCCGGGCACCAGGUUCCACGCGGGCCUCCGGGCGAGGAAAAGGAUCAUGGAGGUGCUGAGGCAAGAGAUAGCCUCCAGGCAGAGACGGAUCAUGGACGACAUGGAGGAGGAGGAGGAGGACGACGACGAUCACCAUCAUCAUCACAGCAAGCACGACAACGACUUUCUGCAGAGCCUUCUUCUUCUCAGGAGGAGGAGGAGCCAGCAGCAGCAGCUCCUGCAACUGCGACAACAGUCACCAUCGAACGAGGACCUCUUCCUCACUGACGACCAGAUUGUCGACAACAUCUUGACGCUCAUCAUUGCCGGCCAGGUUACGACAGCAAGCGCAAUUACAUGGAUGGUCAAGUACCUGGCUGACAACAAAGACUUUCAAGAAACCUUAAGGUCGGUUCAGCUGGAGCUGGCACUGAAGCACAAGGCCGAUGGGGAUGCGGAUGCGGAUGCCCCCCUCACGCUCCAACAUCUCAACAGCAUGGAGCUUGCAUACAUGACGGUGAAAGAAUCAUUGAGGAUGGCGAGCAUAGUUUCCUGGUUUCCAAGGGUAGCACUCGAGGACUGCCAGGUUGCAGGGUUUCACAUCAACAAGGGGUGGAUUGUGAACAUCGAUGCGAGGGCACUACACUAUGAUGCAACGCUUUACGACAACCCCACCAUGUUUGAUCCUUCAAGAUUCAAGGGGGAGGAUAUGUAUACGAAGCAGCAAGCUCCGUACAGCUUCCUGGUGUUCGGAGCAGGCGGGAGAACCUGCCUGGGGAUGAACCUCGCCAAAAUCAUGAUGCUCAUUUUUCUGCACCACCUUGUUACAAAUUGGAGAUGGGAGAUGGCCGACGAGGACCCAAGCCUUGAGAAGUGGGCAAUGUUUCCCAGGCUCAAGAGCGGAUGCCCCAUUCACCUCACACCCAUAUCAGAUCGGCCGGAUCAGCCAAUGCACGCAACAAGAAGCUAG